UCCUCAACCUCUAAUCGCCCUAUUCCUUUUACACACAGUCUCCACCUCACCCUCUAACUCACCUCACACAAAGCCCCUCUGCGCCCUCCUAGUCCUCACCCUCUAACAACCCCCUCUAACUCACAAACAGCCACCUCCUCAUCCUAUAACCCCUUUUCCUCACAAAAAAGCACGCUCCUCACCCUCACAGCCCCCUCUACCUCACACACAGCCCCCUCCUCACUAUCUAACCCUCCUCUAUUUUACAAAGCCCCCCUCCUCACCCACACAGCCCUCUCUCCCUCACACACACCCCCCUCACCAUCAUCAAACUCUCCUCGUCUCUUUUACAAAGCACCACCCUAACCCUCUAAGCCCCCUCUCCCUCACACACAGCCCCCUCCUCACACAACAAGCGGAUUCCGUAAGCUGUUACACGCAGUCCUCUCCUCACCCUCAGACAAUAAGCUGCUGCCGUUACCUGUUACGCCGCUUCCUGUGUCUAUCUCACAUAAGGUAUCACUAUACACAGUUGUAGGGUGUUGUUUCGGAUUCCCGAUUUUGAUAGCUCACCAGUUUCGACACAACACCUGUAACGGCUAGAUUCCAAAACGCUAAAGGACCUAAAUAUUUCACAUGGUACAGGCAAGGGGAGGGAGUGAGUGGAGAUAUUACUUCGGCUUUGUUACUGCUUGCCUGGAUGCCUGUUGUGUUUAUAGUGCGGUGUCAAAUUGAUAGCAUCUGACUCCGUCACUGAUUAUAAACAAUAUGAACAAAUACAGGAAGCAGAUGGCAGAGCAGUUCCUGAGUCAGGCACUGGGCAUCAUCUGCCUGCUAACCGGAGAGGAAUAUGUCAUUAUGAAGAAGAGGCCCUCCCACAGCAGCAUUCACCUGCAGAGCGGAGAGGUGCCUAUAAAGUGUGAUGAUGUUGCCGUGUAUUUCUCUAUGGAGGAAUGGGAGUAUAUAGAGGGACACAAGGAGCUUUACAAGGACGUCAUGAUGGAGACUCACCAAGCACUAAGGACUAAUGAGAUUCCAGGAAAUGAGAGCUCAGAACUAACAGGUCACAGAGAUGAAAAUCUAGACACAGAAACACAAGGAGAACUUGUACAGAAUAUUCAGCCAGUGGAGAGCCCAUCAGACGUCUCUGCAGAACUAACAGGUCACAGUAAUGAAAAUCUAGACACAGGAUCACAAGGAGACCUUGUACAGAGUAUUCAGCCAUCAGAUGUCUCUGCAGAUGAUGAUGAUAUUAAUACUGACGUAGAUGUUAAAACAGAAGAUCUGAGUGUAACGUGUCAGCUGGAAGCUCCAAUGCAGGAAAUGUGUGACAGUGAUAAUGAAGGUGUAAAUGAUGCUAAGAUUUCAUGUAACACUAAACAAACUGAAGAUCAGUGGCUAAGAAAUAUGCCAGGAGCUGCAGAACAGGAAAUAUGUGACAAUAUAAGCACAGGUGAAUUCACAAACAAAAGUCAUGAUCAGAGUUCAGAUGCUUCUUUACUUCUUCUGCAAAAUCAAAGAAGCCUUGUGGGAAAUUUACAUCUUUAUAAACAUCUAAAUAUUCAUACAGGAGAAAGGCCAUUUUCCUGUCCUAUAUGUGGGAAAUUUUUUAACCGUAAAAAAAAUCUUGUUGCUCAUCGGAAAAUACAUAGAGCAAAAAAAGGAUUUUUAUGUUCUGACUGUGGGAAAUAUUGUGCUCAGAAAUCACAUCUUAUUGAUCAUCAGAAAAUUCACACGGGAGAAAAAGCAUUUUCCUCUUUUACUCUGAAAUCAACUCUUAUUACGCAUCAGAAAAUUCAUACUGGGGAGAAAGCAUUUUCAUGUUCUGAAUGUGGAAAAUGUUUUACUCUGAAAUCACAUCUUCUUAGCCAUCAGAAAGUUCAUACAGGGGAGAAACCAUUUUCAUGUUCUGACUGUGGGAAAUGUUUUACUCUGAAAUCAACUCUUAUUACGCAUCAGAAAAUUCAUACUGGGGAGAAAGCAUUUUCAUGUUCUGACUGUGGGAAAUGUUUUACUCAGAAAUCAAAUCUUAUGACGCAUCAGAAAAUUCAUACUGGGGAGAAAGCAUUUUCAUGUUCUGACUGUGGAAAAUGUUUUACCCAGAAAAUUGGUCUUAAUAAGCAUCAGAAAACUCAUACUGGGGAGAAAGCAUUUUCAUGUUCUGAAUGUGGAAAAUGUUUUACUUUGAAAUCACAUCUUCUUUGCCAUCAUAAAUUUCAUACAGGGGAGAAACCAUUUUCAUGUUCUGACUGUGGGAAAUGUUUUACUCUGAAAUCAACUCUUAUUACGCAUCAGAAAAUUCAUACAGGAGAAAAAGCAUUUUCAUGUUCUUACUGUGGGAAAUGUUUUACUCAGAAAACAAAUCUUAUUAGCCAUCAGAAAAUUCAUACAGGGGAGAAAGGAUUUUCAUGUUCUAAAUGCGGAAAAUCUUUUACUCGGAAAACAACUCUUAUUAACCAUCAGAAAACUCAUAUUUAAAGAAAUCAGAGUUUAACCUCCUAAGUACAGAGGGUGGUAUGUAGUUGUCACCCACACAAUACCAAGUGCUGAUGAUGACUGCAUGUGACCCCCUGGAGCAUGCAGUUUUGGAGCUGUUUGGUUCCCUUUCUGCACAUCAAGCAUGUAUGAGGUGACCCCAGGGUGGAUGUGAUUUAAAUCAAAUUGAUUUAAAUCACUAGUCAGUAGGAUUACAUUAAUAAUAACAAUAGAAAUAGUUUUAUUUAACUAAAAUAACAUUUUUUUAUUUUUAAUGCUUGCCCCUCCCUCCUCACACUUAGGUCCUUGUGCAGAUCUAUUCCACUACAAACAAUCUUCUAUUCAGUGAACUUCCUGAAACUUAGUAUGUGUUUAUUUGGUGUACAUAGAUUUGCAGGGGAGCAAUGACAUUAAAGGAAAAUAAAGUCAAAAUUAAACUUUCAUGAUUCUGAAAGAACAUUACAUUUUUAAUAAUUUUCUAAUUGACUUCUGUUAUCUAAUUCUUGAUAUCCAUUGUUGAAAAGCCUGCAUAGGUAGACUCACUCAGAUGUAAUGUACUACUGUGAACUAGCCUGUUGUCACUGUCUCAUCCAUUGUAUUCAGAUAGGCCCCAGUAGAGCAUUGCUCUCCUUCAACUAAGGAUUCCAAGAGAAUGAAGAAAAUCUAAUAGAAGUAAAUCUGAAAAUGGUAUGUUCUAUCUGAAACCCAAAAGUUAUCUUUCAUGAUUAUGGUCUAUUUAUCAACUCUAUGUUAAUUUUAUAACAUUUUGCUGUGAAGAAGGGGCAUGUUAUAUAUGCAGAUAGAAUUCACAGUUCAGUGAAGUUGAUUGAAUGGCGCUUCACUUUACAGAUGGAUAAUGACCCAAAAACUUAAGGCAAAAAGACCCAUGAACAAAUAAUAACUGACAACAGCUGCAGUAAAGGCCUGGCAAAGCAUUACAAAGGAGGAAACCCAGCAUUUGAUGAACUUCCAGACUUUAAGCAGUCAUUGCCUACAGAUUCUCGACAAAGUAUUAAAAAUGAACAUUUUAUUAAUGAUUGUGUUAAUUUGUCCAAUUACAUUUGAACCCCUGAAAUAAGAUGACUGUGUAUGAAAAUGGUUGCAAUUCCUAAUCGUUUCAUAUAGUAUUUUUGUUCAACCCCUUGAAUUAAAGAUAAAAGCCUGCACUUAAA